AUGGAGACCGAAGAGACUGUGAAGGAGUCUUUCGAUAAGGAAUUCGGUGAUGAACAAAAAUACGACUGGAAUGAAGUGAUACAAAAUCAUGUGAAGAUUGUAGUUGUUGGCGAAAGAGGUUGCGGUAAAUCUUCUCUGAUUUUGGCCGCCAAGAAUCAAAUUUUUCCUCAUCCCGAAGAGAACUUUGUCUCGAAGCAAUGCCCUUUGGAUGUCGAAGUGGAUGGCAAGACAGAAGCAUGUAUGGUGGUAGAAGCUGACUCUGGGGACGACAGUAUCCACAGCAGAAGCAGGAUCUAUUCGGAAACGGACAUCAUCUUGCUUUGCUUCGACGAUAUCAAGACCCUGACGGGUGUCGAGAGGAAGUGGGUUCGGGAGCUCAAAGACCACGUCCCCGGGGUGCCAAUCAUCUUAGUGAGGAUCAAGAAGAUGAAGCAAGAAAGCGAUAUUCUGUCUUCAGAGCUCACAGAGCUGGAAUCGUUUUCUGGUCUUCUAGAAUGCUGGCCACAUGCGAGGAAAGGGGUGCGAGAAGUGUUCCAGGAAGCUGUUAAAAAGGCACAUGAAUGUGAAAUCUGCGAAAAAAAGUGA